GAUUGCCGGCUGUCUUUGUUUUGUUUCUUUGCUUUUCCUUCUUUACUGUCCUGCCAACUUUUCACCAUUUGUUAUUUUGUACUACAAUGCAAAUUCCCAAGUGUAGACAAAAAUUUAAAAUUCGGAUAGUUCUAAAAGCCAAUGAAUGAAUAUUUAUUGAGAAGCAAGUGUCCCAAAGAGCAAAAUAAGCAUUCUUUAAUGGUGAAUUGUUUAUCUGCGAAUUAGUUUCCAACGAAUGAAUGCGGAAUUGGCAUUAUAGUAGACCUCUUUUACUAAAAAAGAAAAGAGAUAAGAAAGUAGGUAAAUCUUUUGGCUUUAUCUUUUGUUUGCCAAACUUUUGCAUGUAUACUGUGGCUGCAGAUUCUAUUUAGUUUGUUGCCUUACUAAUGCAUUUGUACUUGAGAUGGUUGAUUUUUGCUAAAAAUGUGUUUUACACCUUGGAUCCCAUUGCUGGUAUUUGAAGAGUUUAAAUUUAGUUCAUAUUAUAUUGCAUUUGUUUUCUAUAUAAUGUGACGGUCAUAUUCUUUAUGGUAGGAUAAAGGGCUGCAACAAUAUGGAUAGGAGUUGGAUGUCUAUUAAGAACUACCUAGACCCCAAGUAUUUAGAUGGUACAGAAAAUAAAGGUGGGAGAUUUACAGAGGAAAUAGUUUAUUCUUGAGGGAUUAAUACUAAGAGGACAGAAUUUUAAUUUAAAAGUGAAUAUGCCCAAUGUCCCUGCUGCAAUGUGAUGAGAAGCUAUUCCUCUUGGAUAAAAGGAUCAAUACCUUUCAAAAAUAGUUAGUCACUGCUUAUGGCUGAAAACUGUAUGGGGAUACAGAAACAACCUUUUCAUAAAGUGACGAAUGGCCAUAAAAACUUAGUGAAGAACUUUUUUGGUAUCAUACCACAUACUGUGACAGCCCCACCUCACCCUAGGACGAACCAAAGGGUUCGGCGGACUGCCUGCCCAACUCUCGCCGGGACUCAGUCAUAUAAAAAUUAUCUAGAAAAUUUUUCCUAAUAAAGAAAAUGUAGAAAAACAUGCCAUUAAAUAGGAUAAAACCCUAGAAAAUGGGAAAAUUUAUGGGCUCUCACACAUACCACAUACGUAUAACUGUAAAAGUAAGUUUUGUAGAUGAUUACUGCAGCGUCAAUCGAAAGCAAAGAAAUUGUACUAUGUACUUUUUUGGCCCUAAUCAAGUGCAGAUUUUGUACAUGGGGCGUUCAGUUUACCAUCUACUUAAGGAGUUGUGGUCACUGAAAUUAGUCAUUUUUUCCCACUUUAUUGUGUUCAAUAUCCUUUUAAGAUUUAUCUACUUAAUAUUCUUUUUAUGAAGUGUCCUAAUGUUUCCCUUAGGUUAAGAGGCGAAAUUCAGAGGAAAGCUCUAUGCAGUGGACUACUGGUAUUGCCGAGAUACAAAUUGAGGAAUAUUGAGGAAACUGAGGUUGCCAAAAAGCUCUUACAAGAAAAAAGGCUCAUGGGUCGCACCAAAACUGACUCUAGUAUUCCCUCAAGUUAUAGUGCAGAUUACUUGCAACGUGGGAAGGACUAUGCCGAGAAGCUUAGGAGAGGGAAUAUUGCAACACUUGGCACUGAUCAUUUGUGCUAUCCUCAGCCUCUGCCAUUAGCCUCAGUAUGAUAGUUUUUACCCCACCGGAUAUCAUCACUCAAAACCAAGAAGAAUAAUGUCAAUGCCAUAUAUGCCUCCAUGAAGUGGCAAAUCAAGCUUAGAUUCUUUUUCA